AUGCCGGCUGUCGCCAAGACCAAGAAGGGCGAGGCCAACAAGGCGCUGCAGGCGCAGACGCGCCAACUGGAAAACACGCUCUUCCAGCAAAAGAAGCUCGCGAGUGCCGAGACGGACGACAAUGCACUGGAGCAGGCGCGCCAGAACGGCAAGUUCCUGACGUACGGCAUGACCGUCCAGCUCUACCACUCGUUCUCGAACAAGUUUGUGGCUGGCAGUGCCAGCGAUCCCGCGUGGAUUGAAGACACCAACAUGCGCGUCGAGCUGCACCAGUACAACUCAAAGCUGUGCUGGUUCCGCGUCAUGCCGCGUUACAAGGUGCGCGCCGAGGGCGACAUUGUGCGCAAAGGCGACCAAAUUGUCUUUGAGUCCAUCAAGACCCCCGCGUCCUUUUUGCACGCAAGCCACGAUCCCUUUGACGAUGCCGAGCUUGAAGCCGGUCUGCACGAGGUCAACAUGUCCGUUACGCCCUCCGCCUUUUCCAUCUUCAUGUACUCGCGCCCGGACGAGACGUGGGCCAUGAUUGCUGCGUCCUCGCCGGGCGCCCUGAUUGAGGAGGGCAAGGACGAGAAGGAGUCGGUCGUGCCUGUUCGCUUUGGCGACUGCAUCCGUCUGUUCCAUCGCGAACUGGAGGCCUACGUUGCCGCGGAAGGCACGUUUGGCAAAACUGGCGUGGCUGAAGUGCCCCACCUUCGCGUGCGUCACGUCACAACCAAGCGUCCUCACUCGCUCAAGCCGCCGUCUGGUCCCUCCGUGUUUUGGCAAAUCGAAAUGGACAGCGGCGCUGCUCGUGGAGGCCGCAUGCGUUGGGAGCAGCUCGUGCGUCUGCGCCACUUUACCACCCGCCAGUUUCUUGCCGUCAAGCUGGACGCCGCGUCGGGCGAGCCGGUCGUCACCCUCACCUCCGACCAUCGUGACGCCGAUGCCGUCUUCCGCUUGCAUGCCGUCAUUCGCGACCGCCAGAACAUUGAGUACGGCUCGUUCACCCGCAUCGAGCACCCUCUGACCAAAACCUGGCUGCAUGGCGAUGCCACCCUGUCGUAUGCUCGCCAAGGCACCGUGUCCAGGGUCGACACCCUGGGUGCGGACGCGCCAUCGCCGGCGGCUGCUGCGGCCAUCGAGUCGUGCAAGCCAAUGACGGAAAUCCGGUACGACAAGGCCAAGCUGCUGCAGCUGACCGCGUCCCGCGAGUCGCACUACGAUGAUGCCUUCACCAUCACCCAGGCCAAGCAGAAGGACAUUAACAAUGUCAACUUUGUUGCCGGCAUCCUUCCUGCGCUCAAGUGGUAUGCGAAAAGCUUCCGCGCCGCUGCAAGCAAGGACAAGCCGAGAGAACUCACGGCCGAGACGGCAGCCUACCUGUGCCGUGCCAUGGACUUGCUCGCCAAGUUUGUCGUUGACAAGGAUACGCCCAACAAGCGCCGACAGAAAGUCCUUCGCCACCUUCGCUGCGUCGAUGCCUUGAUUGAGGUCAUCCGUGUGCCGUUCUCUCCGUACAACCCGGAUGGUUUCCCCAUCAGCGAACUGCGCACUCCGGACAAGCGGCUCGUUCGUGACGUGUGCUCCGCGGCAUACAAUGCGCUCAACCAGUAUGUCCAGGGUGAAUCGCGCAAGAGCGAAAUGUACAUUGCACGCUUCAUUCCCUUCAUGCUCGGCCAAGUUGGCUCGGGUCUCCCAGCGACCGACAUUCUGACCCAGCUCGCCUCGGACAACAUGUCGAUUGUCAAUCGCAUCAAGCCUCCGCUGCUCGACUUUUUCAUUGGCAAGCUCAAGGAGCAGCGCGCGUCGCGCUACCUCAAGUUUUUGGCCACCUGCUGCGCCGUCAAGGGUGGUGCCAAUUAUGAAAUCCAAAGCUACAUUUGCGAAAACCUGCUCGGUGGUGUCGUGGGCAACCCUGUCAUCCUUCCCGUCAGCCUGCGCAACGGUGUGCUCCACGUCGAUCUGCUCCGCGAUGGUUUGGUCGUUCCAGUGAACGAGCUCGCAGACGACGCCAAAUCCCUCGAGGCCGAGUAUCUGCUGGAGCAGAUCAACUUUUUGCGUCGGCUGUGCAUUGGUCGCAACAAGGUCACCAUUCCGCUGCUCCGCGAUGAGCUCAAGUGCGUCGUGUGGGCUGAAGUGUUUGCCGCAGUCAAGGACACGGAGCUCAACCCGGUCUAUCGUAUUGCUUACGCCGACCUGCUACAUCAAGCCUUUGUCGACAUUGAGCCGUACGAGGACCUUCUCGAGCGCAUUCAGCUGACGUUUGACGCACAAACUCUGACGCAGCGAAACUCGAGUGCGACCGAGUGCACCACUGCUGCGCAUCUGGCCGUCCAAAACUCCUUCCCGCCAGAGUUGACCGAGCUUCGCUCUUGGAUUAACACGACCAUUGCCAACGAGACGAGUGUGAUUGCGACCCGAAUUGAGGAGAACAAGUUUAUCGAGGCCAUUUUGACGUUGGCCCGUUCCCUCGUGUCGUUUGGCGUGUACAACAACCGCACGCAGCUGCUCGAACUGCUGUGUCCGCUCAUCCGCCUCCUCGAUUGCUCGGACGACUAUGGCAACGAGAACAAGGACAACAAGGAAGAGCAGCAAGAGUACCUUCGUGUCGACCGUCUGCUGAAAAACCCCGAAAACAAGUCGGUGGCCAAUCUCAAAUUCAAGGGUCUGGAGAUUAUCGAGCUGAUGAUGAACUUCCGAUUUGCCGCACGCCUCGAGGAGUUCUUCUGGGUGUUCAAGCAGCUCGAGUCUCACGACCUGGUCGGCAAGGGCCACGCAACGCUGCACCGCGCUUUUGGCAAGAACAAGCAUCACAAUCACGGUCUUGAGCCCGAGUUGCUCGAGCUCGCACCAUUGACCAAGACUGUCAUCCCGGCAGCUCGCCUGAAGCCCGUUCUUGCGGCCCUGUUCAAGAACACGGAGUUUAUCGAUGCGCUCGGCCCCGAACUGCCCAUCAUUCCCGUCUUGUUGGACUGCGCCAACUAUGGCUACACCAAGCUCGCCACCCAGGCUCACUACCUCAUCACGCGCUUGUACUCUGCCAGUCGCAACUUUUUCCAAAUGGCGCUCGACGGCCAGGUCUUGACGCUGCCCGAGUCUGUCGAUGCCUUCAAGAUCAUCCGUCAGGUGCUGCCCUCGGUGCGUCGCAUGGCGCGCUCAAAGAUUGGCGAAAAGCAAGCAGAGCGCCUUUCGGUCGAGCUGGACAGGCUUGCCAAGCUACUCUACCUGAAGGACGAUCCGCACGAGCCUCACCGCACCAAUCAGACGAUUCUGACAAAUGCUGGCAUUGUUAUUGACUUGCUCGGCAUUCUGGGCACCAGGAUUGAGCUCGGCAAGCGCGAGAAGGGCGGCGGCUCGGCUGCCGAUCGACUUGCCGCCCAGGAGCUUGAGAAGAAGAACGCGGCCAUCUGCAAGCUGUUUGGCCAGUGCUUUAAGGUUCUCGGUCUGCUCGCUCGGCGCAACACGAGCAUGCAGGACUACUUGUUUGACCGUCUCGACUUUUUGCUCAACCAUGAGGGAGCUGAGAAGGACAAGGCGCGCAUGCUCGUGAGCGUAUUCAAGGGCAAUCAAACCAACUGCCUGCGCAUCAAGGAGAAGCACAUCCAGCUCAUUGUCGAGCUCCUUGCCGAAACUGAGCUUUCGGACGGUUCCAAGGUGUUUGAGUACUUGCAAUUGCUCGGCCACAUUGCAAAGGUUGAGGACGCCAACUUGACCCUCAAGCGCAACCAAAGCGCCAUCAUCAAGUACAUGAUGCAGCACCGCGAGGACACCAUCAUCAACGUUGACGAUGCACACAACGACGAGCGCAUUGCCUUGCUGCAGUCCAGCGCGGAGAAGCCCUCGCGCGAACUCUUGUACCACAUUGAGCUCGUCGAUCUGCUCGCGACGUGCGCCGAGGGUGAGAAUCGCUUUAUCGAGUCCAUGUGCCAAACCAUCUUCUCGCCCGAGGAGCUGCUCCAAGUCUUCACCGACCCAAAGAUCCCCGUUCUGCACAAGGCGCCCUACCUGCGCUUUUUGGUCUGGGUCUACCUGGCGACUGCGAGCACUGACAUUGUGUCGACUGCCGAAAUGCUCCACAAUGACGACUUUUGGACGUUUGUCGGUCUCCUUUCGGAUCACUUGAAGGCGGUCACUGGUCUGCUCAAGCAGCACAAGGACAAGCUCAAGGCGCUCAAGGAUCGCAAGGCCAACAACCCGCAAGCCCAGGAGGAGGUGUUGGAUGAUCCUGUGCCCGAAGAUGACAUGGACUUUAUCAUGGAGGGCAUUGUCCCGUUUGCGCGCAUCUUUUACGAGUCCCAGUACUCUGCCAAGGACGCGACCGCCGAGCAAAACCGGGUUUCCGUCAAGUUUGCCGAGUCGUUGCUGGCCUUUUCGCCGCUUGCCUCGAUUCAGGUAGACGAGAUUGCCCUCUUGCAGUCCGUGACGGACUGUCUGCUCGUGCUCUCCAACCAGCUUUCCAGCCACGCCGGCUUGUCGGACGACUUUGAGGCAAAGCUGAAUGUCGCCCUGGAAAAGAACAAAAAGUACGGAACGAGCGGCGUUGCUGGUCUGUCUGACGCCGUCAAGGAUUAUCUGCGCAGCCAUGAGCAAGAGCGUGAGGCGAACGAGCGACUGAACACGUUGGUCGUCAACCUCUGCCAGUCGUACGAGUCCGAUCCCAUCUGCCCUUAUCUCGGUGACGAAGAUGCCAAACUCCCGCUUGGUGAAGAGUUCCAGCGUCACAUUGAGCUGUUUGCCGAGUACAAUAGCAAGAAGGAGUUCAAGGGCCUCAACCCCAACAUUGGCCGCAUGAUUCUGACCCUCGAUGUCUCUGCCAAGACGUCUCACACGCUGAGCGAAAAGGAGCUGCUGGAGCAGCAAAAGCUCGACACGCGCUCGUUGCAGCUGCUUCGCGGCAUUGUCGAGGUCGAAAAGGCGCGUCGUUUGAAGGCAGACGCCAGCAGCGAGGACAAGGAGGAGGCGUGGGACCAAAUUGCCAAGGUCCAGUCUGCCCUGAACAAGUACGAGGCGGCGCUUAUUUCCACCAAGAUGUUUGUUUCGGACGACGACGAGAUUGUGAUUGAGGCAUUGGCGACUGCCACGGCCAUUCUUGAUGGUGGCAACAAGGAAGUCCAGCGCUCGUUUGAAAAGUUCUUUUUGACGAGCCGCGAGGAGACCUUCUUUGCUGAUAUUCGCUCCCGCAUUGUCAAGUCCAUGGCGACUGUCAAGGAACAGCGCGCCCUCGUUGCCCAGAAGGAGAAGGAGGAGCAAAAGCGCAAGGACUUGACUGCAACCCACGCGACCCACGCUCAACAUGCCGCGGCGCCUGCUGGCGACGAAAAGUCGAGUGGCGAGGCCGCCGCCGGCAGUGGCGUCGGUGACAUUGAGCUCACAAAGCUGCACGGCGCCCACGAAGGAGGUGGUGGCAAUGCCGUGCAGGAGGCGAUUGAGGACCAAGGCUUUGCUGCCGCCCUUGCGGGCGAGUCUGGCGAAGACGCCCUGAACGACAUGAUGGACGAGAGCGAACGCGAGUUGUCGCUCGUUCUGCGCUUGCUGCAGCUCUUGUGCGAGGGCAACAAUGUGGUGCUCAAAAACUACAUUCGCGAGCAAGGCGACAAUAUCAAGUCGUACAACCUUGUCAGCGACACUGCCAACUAUCUGAACGUCUUGUACCACAAUGUGUCGUCGGACAACAUUGAGCUCGUGUCCCAAGUGCUCGAAUCGCUCGUCGAGUUUUGCCAGGGCAACGGCGACAACCAAAUUGCCGUCUUUGACGCCAAGUGCCUGGAUGGCAUCAACCACAUCUUCCGCCAGCACGAGUACACUGGCAUGCCGUGCCCGCAAGUUGCCGAGCUCAAGCUUCACGCCGCCAACCUUGUGCUCACCAUGCUUGAGGAGCAAACCGAGCAGGCCAUCCAGCUGAGCAAGGAGCUGCACACACAGCUCGACAUUCGUGCCAUCCACGAAAACAUGACUCGUUACCACUACGAGCAUCAGCACAGCAAGCACCUCGGGUACACUGCCGAGCAUCCAGAGCCGGCCGACGUUGCCUAUGUCUUUUACAACAUUCUGGCGAGCCUGUCUGACUUUACCACCACCAACUACAACGCCAAGCCGUACACGGUCAAGCCCUCGACCAAGGGUGGUAAGCCCGAAGCCGAAGGCAGUGCAAAGUCGGACAAGGUCAAGUUGGAGACCAACAUCAAGCUGAUUAAUGUGAGCUACACUGGCACCGUGCAUGGCUCGGUUCGACUUGGAAGUGUGUCCUCCAAGAACCUGACUGCAUUGGCGCAUGGGAACAAGAACGCUGCCAAGACGUUCAAGGUACUGCCAUCCAAGCUUUACGUCCAAGCCCCGUCUGCUUACGCUGCCAUUCAGGGCCAAUCUGGCUCGAUCGAAGUGCUGCGCAAUGACAUCCUGAGCAAGGUGCACUUCCGCGUUCGCAACCGCGAUGCCCUCCGUCCCGCGGCCAAAGAGAGAUUGCUCUGGACUGUCGAUCGAUCCUCGCCCACGGACAAGAUUCGCGACUUUAUUUCGCAGUGCCAGGACAUUCGCGAUGAAAUGAAGUACCAGGAGCAGCUGCUGUCCAACCCGAUCUCAUCCUUCUUUGUUCGCGGUUCGCCAUUCUUUUACUGGGGCGUGCUCCUGGUGACGCUCUUGCUGAACAUUUUCAUCCUGGUCUCGUGGUCGGCACCGACCGAUCCCACUGAUUGGCGCCCAAACACGGACGAUUGGUACAACCCCUUGCUGUACAUUUUCGGCGGCAUUCACGUCGCUCUCUCUGCCUGCACGUUCAUCGAGUUCUUCUUGACGCACCCUCCGACCCGUCCGCAACAGUUUUUGACCUUGGCGCCCAUCUACUACAUUUUGUUCCUCGGCAUGAGCAUUGCCGGCAUUACCGUUCGCGGCUACUUUUUCUGCUUCCAUCUGCUGCACGUCGUUGUUGGCAACGAUUUGCUCCAACGUGUCAUCCAAUCCGUCACCAAAAACGGCCGCUCGCUGCUCUGGGUGACGGCCUUGGGCGUGAUUGUGAUUUACAUUUAUGCGAUUGCAAGCUUUGCCUUCCUCCGCGCCGACUUUGACGCUUCGCGUGCCGAUGGCGCUCCGCUGUUCUGCAACACCAUGUGGCAGUGCUUCCUGACGUCGCUCAACUUUGGCCUUGAGAAUGGCCUUGCCAGCGUCGGCAUUGCCGAUGUGAACGACUGGCAGACCGUCGGUCUUCGCGUCUUGUACGAUCUGUCCUUCUUUGUGCUGAUCUCAACCAUCGGCCUCAACGUCAUCUUUGGUAUCAUUGUCGAUACCUUCUCUGAGCUUCGUGAUGAAAAGUGGCAGAUUGAGGCAGACAUGGCUGGCAACUGCUUUAUCUGCUCCAUCAAGGCGUAUGACUUUGAAAAGUACACCAAGGGCUUUAUUCACCACACGAAAAAUGAGCACAACAUGUGGAACUACCUGUUCUAUACCAUUCAUCUUCAUGAGAAGGCUCAAGACGAUUUGACUGCGCUCGAACUGUACUGCAUGGACAAGAUUAAGAAAGUCGAUACCUCAAUGUUCCCGAUCAACCGCGCCAUGAGCCUGCAGAAGAGCGAGGAUGCGCUUGAAGUUCGUCUUGAAAAUCUGACUCGCAUGGUCAAGUCGUUGGUCGAUCGAUUCGAAAAAGACGACCGCGUCAAGGCGGUUGAAGCCGAGCGCCGCAAGCAGCAGGCCUGGGAGGCUGAGCGCACUGCUGCCAGGCGUUAA